GGGACUACACCGGAGGCAAACAUGGCUGCGUCCUUAGAUGAUGAGGUUGAGUUCAAUAACCAGGAUUACUACUCCCUACUCAACGUGAGGAAGGAGGCUACUCUGGAGGAGCUGAAAGCAUCAUAUAGGAGGCUUUGCAUGCUGUACCAUCCUGACAAACACCGCGACCCAGAGCUGAAAAGACAAGCGGAACAGCUUUUCAACCAGGUGCACCAAGCAUUUGAAGUGUUGAGUGAUCCUCAUGCUCGAGCCAUCUAUGACCUUUUUGGGAAGAAAGGACUGGAAGUGGAAGGUUGGGAGGUGGUGGAAAGAAAAAGAACACCUGCCGAAAUUCGUGAGGAGUAUGAACGUCUACAGCGAGAAAGAGAGGAGAGGAGAUUGCAGCAAAGAACGAACCCCAAGGGCACCAUCAGCGUGGGUGUGGACGCCACAGACCUCUUUGACCGUUACGAUGAGGACUUUGAGGAGAUGCCGGGCGGAGGCUUUCCACAUAUUGAAAUUAACAAGAUGCACAUCUCCCAAUCCAUAGAGGCUCCUCUGACUAGCUCUGAGACAGCAGUGCUGUCUGGCUCUCUCUCUACACACAAUGGCACCGGAGGGGGCAACAUUAACUUGACUGUUCGGAGGGUUAUGUCUGCCAAAGGCUGGGGAGAGGUGGAGUUUGGUGCAGGAGACAUACUGGGACCUCUUAUUGGGAUAAAGGUGUUUCGUAAUGUCACUCAGCGAUGUUUCUUGACGGCGCAGUGCGGCUUGCAGUUUUCCCCCCGAGGCUUACGCCCCAGUUGUUCUUUGAUGACAGCACGCCACCUGGACCAGAACACUAUGGGGUACCUUCAGUGGCGCUGGGGACCCAACAGUGCCAUGACUACAAGUGUGGUGCGGGACACAAAGAGCAGCCACUUUACUCUAGCUGUGCAGCUCGGUGUUCCUCACUCCUACCUAAUGAUGAGCUACCAGUACAAGUUCCAAGAUGAGGACCAGACUAAGGUCAAAGGUUCUGUCAAGACAGGCUGGUUCGGAACAGUACUGGAAUACGGAGCAGAGAGGAAGAUCAGCCGCCACAGUGUCCUGUCAGCCACUGUCAGCGUCGGCGUCCCUCAGGGAGUCACACUGAAGAUCAAGUUGGCACGUGCCAGUCAGACAUACUUGUUUCCAGUCCACCUGACAGACCAGCUGCUGCCCAGUGCUGUCUUCUAUGCUACGGUGGGACCGCUGCUGGUGUACAUGGCCGUCCACAAACUGGUCAUCGUACCGUACACACGAGCACAGAAAGAAGAAGAGCUGGAGCUGCAGAGGAAGAGCUCGGCCACAGACAUUGCCAAGAAGAAGCAGGAGGCGGAGUCUGCCGUUCUGCUGAUGCAGGAAUCUGUGAGGAGAAUCAUAGAGGCAGAAGAAUCCAAGAUGGGCCUGAUCAUCCUGAAUGCCUGGUAUGGGAAGUUUGUGUCGGACACCAGCCAGAAGCAGGAAAAAGCCAAAGUCGUUGACGUCACCGUGCCACUGCAGUGCCUAGUCAAGGACUCCAAACUCAUCCUCACUGAGGCUUCCAAGGCGGGCUUGCCGGGCUUCUACGAUCCCUGUGUGGGAGAGGAGAAGAGCCUGAAAUUGCUGUACCAGUUUAGAGGAGUCAUGCACCAAGUCAUCUCUGCAGACACAGAGCCGUUACGGAUACCCAAACAAUCUCACAGGAUUGAAACCGAGUCGUAGGAGCUCAAGCCAUGGUGUGCAAUGAAGGAACAAACUGUUUAACAGAAGUCUGCCUUUUGGGCUUCCUCUGUGAUGGCAUCAGUGAAUCCCGCCUCUCCUCCUUUCCCUACGGGCCAACUCCCAGAGUUUCUACCACACUGCACAGAGCAAGCUCAAAUGAUCUGCCUGCUGAAGGAGGACAGCGUUGGAUACGCGCCGGAAAGAAGGACUGAUCCUAUUUCGAUCAUUGAUUGGCAAAAAGUUCCCAAAUUGAAUCGGGGUGUCAUUUAUGCCCCCAUGUAAGGAAAGGUGCUGUUUUACCUCAUAUUGUUGUGGACCUUAUCCUAUAUGUACGUCACCUUAUGUCCUUCAGAACCUUCAUAAUGUUAUAGACUACGUAUAAUAUACCUGUCAUGCUGGAUUAAGUCACAGGCGGACGUGGAUUGAGGGUUUGUUUUACAGGUUUGUGUUAAGGUUUUAAGUCAUAUCAACAUCUUUUAGAUAACUGACACAUCUGCUGUUCAACGGGAUGUCACUCGUAUCGGGAAUGUCUGAUGUAUAACUAUGGAAUGGAAGAGAAAGGGAUGUGACCUCAUUGCCCUAUGAUGGUAUUGAUCCGUCCAUUUUAGGAACUGGUCAUUUCAAAUACUGUAUAAUGUUGUUUUUUUAAAGUAGGAUUGGAUUGCAAAACUUUAUAUUAUUAAUGCUCCCUUUCAAAUGUAAAAAUGGCACUCACAAAAUGACUUUGUGGCUGCUGCUAACCACUGUAGACCUGAUAAUACCUGAGCCACUCUAGAACAUAUUACUGUAUAUUUUGCUUUGUUAAUUCGUCGGUCCCUUUCGCUUGCGUUCCACGUUUUUUUUUUUGUUUGUUUUUUUUAGAUGAACUAAGGCAAACUAUUCUAAUGCUGCACUUUCUGCACAUACUGUUGUAUGUGUUGUAGCACAGGCAUCCUGACGUUGCUUGAUAUCAAAUGCACAGUACAGAUAGCGAGCUCUUGUCCAAUCAGAUGUUAUUGUUUCACACACAAUCACUGUACUGUAUCGGCAAUUGUGAUAGGGACUGGAAUAGAGGGAAGCCUGAAACUGAAGGACUUCAUUUGAAAGAGUUUUUUUUGCACUGAGUUUGUGAAUUGGGUGGGACCCCUGCCAUUGACCCUUGCCAUUAUUCUCUUUGUGUGUUUGCCAUUUGUGUUGUUUUAAAGUAUGUCACACUCAUCAAAUGAGAUCCAAUACAGGAGUUGUAUCAAAGAAAAAUAACGCUAGUUUUUUUUGACACUUUCAGAGAGAUAUUCAUUUUUCAGUCAUAGAAAAAUGUUUUGGGGGUUGUAGAUUGCAGUGGUGUAGAAUUGCACAGCAUCACACUGUUUCUGGUAUUUUAGAGACGUUAUUUGAUUACUCUGGAAAGUAAAUCUAGAAUUUUCAGCAGCUUGUGAAAAAUAAAUAAAAACAUUUUUCAAACGUUUAAGUUAACUUCAGUUUCACUUAAAAGGCUAAAUGAAUUGACAAUUGACAGUCUGGGGUGAGUAGAAAUCGCCACAAAAUAUGCUCCAGAAAAAUCUAGAUCUAGAACAUAGAUUAGAAUUAACAGCUUUCUUGACCGUGGCAGUCAAAAGUGAGCAUUAUUUUUGUAAUUUGCAAGUAUUGGAUUUCAUUCACGUGUACAGGUGCCGCUAUUGUGACUGAAUGAAUAUUUACGUGAUAGGAGGGUGUCAGGUGUGUGUGAGGCCAGCGGAAAAAAAAAUAAAUUACAUUCCAGCCCAUCAUCCAAUGUCCCAUGUUAGCAUAUAUUGUCUAUUGGAAGAGGAUUGCCCUUGUCUGUAAACAGUACAAUACACAAAUAAA